AUCCUCGGUCUCCUCUGAGCAGGACCUUACCUGGCAGCCGGAAGUGGAGUUUGACUUUUGGAAUAUUCAGUGUUUUAUCACAGACUGUCUUCUGGCAGCGGCCUGAAGUAGAUUUUCCCGUAAAGGUUUUUAGAGCUCUUUGCCUCAGCAAAUUUAAAGCUGGUGAAAAUCCCUGGGCUGAUGGCUGAGGAGCCUGGGACCUCCUUUUCCUCUCCAGAAGUGACUGUCUGUGAGCAAUUCUGUUUCGAGACACCUCCUGCCAGCUCUCGCUUUGCAGGGCUCACCGCCCUCCUGCUGCCUGUUACAGUGGGCUCUGGGGGUGAUUGCGAUCAUCCCACUUCUGUCGGGCUCCAUCAAGGGGCUGCUGGCAGUAGCAACCUGCCAACCCAUUCCCUGUCCGCGUGUGGCCAUGGUGGGGCACAUGAUUCUUGUGUGUGUGAAAAUAGUGCUGACCCCAUGCAGGGAGCCUGAGAGCAGCCUCUAAUGAGCUGCUUGCAGAUGCUGUUCUCUUUUGUGCGGAGUCCUGUCCUCAGGAGACCACAAGUCCCUUCAUGCAGAGCAGAUUUCAUGGGAGACAGGAGGGAGCGGCACACACUGUGACUUGCAGACUGAGACAGAAGAAGACAGCCUCUCAUGCUGUGACAGAGCUGGUGAGCAGCAAGGACUGCAACCAGGCCAGGAAACCUCUCUUCUGCCCUUCCCAUCCCACAGAGGAGCUAAGGCUGUUCUGCGAGCAGUGUGACCAGCCUGUGUGCCGGGAUUGCGUAGCAGACAGACACCGGCAGCACACCUGUGACUUCACUGGCAAUGCCAUCCACAGGCAUGGGGAGGCCCUGCAGGAGCUGCUGAGAAGCACCCAGCAGCACAUGGGCACCCUAGAGGGUGUGCUCAGUCACAUUGAUGACAUGGUCAGUGCCGUCCGAGAUCGCGCAGAGGCUGUGGCCGCAGAGAUCCGUCAGUUUGCCAGUGGGUAUGUGAAAGCGAUUGAAGAACACCGGGACCGGCUACUGAAGCAGCUGGAGGACUUGAAGGUGCAGAAGGAAAAUCUGCUGCACUUGCAGAAAGCUCAGAUGCAGCAGCUGCUGCUGGACAUGAGGACAGGUGUGGAGUACACGGAGCACUUGCUGACGAGUGGCUCAGACCUGGAGAUCCUCAUCACCAAAGGGGUGGUGGCGAGUCGGCUGGCAAAGCUGAACAGCGUUGCUUACAACACCCGCCCCAGCGUGGACGACGGGAUCCGUUUCUCUCCCCAGGAGAGGGCAGGGCAGUGUUUUGGCUAUGAAGUUUUUGGGGCCAUCAUCAAUAAAGUGGUUGAUCCCGCCAGAUGUACCCUACACGGGGAAGAUGUCCACAGUGCCCGUCAGAACCAGCUGACUGGCUUUACCCUGCUCUGCAGUGACACCAUGGGGGAGCGGAUGGGGCGAGGAGGAGAGGCUGUGCAGGUCACCAUCACCCACAGGGACAAGGACAGUGUGGUCAAGCCAACAGUGUGUGAUAAUGGUGACGGGACCUACCAUGUUUCCUACAGCCCUGAGGAGCCAGGCUUGUAUGCUGUCUGCGUCUAUGUGAAAGGGCAACAUGUACAGGGCUCUCCAUUCACUCUGGUGGUGAAAACCAAGUUCCGCGAGCACCAAGGCGUGUUUCACUGUUGCACGUUCUGCUCAAGUGGAGGCCAGAAAUCUGCUCGCUGUGCCUGCGGUGGGACCAUGCCAGGUGGGUACCAAGGCUGUGGCCAUGGGCACAAGGGUCACCCUGGCUGCCCCCACUGGUCGUGCUGUGGACAGGUGAAGGAGAGCUCAGAGUGCCUGGGAGGGCCACCUGGCAACACCUUGCAGAGGAGUUUGCUGAGGACGGUGGCAGUCUGAGCAGCCAGGUGAACUCCUGUGAACCCAGGGCACUGCUGCUGGCUGCCGCGUGAGUGCAAACCAGGAGCAUCCCUGUGAUCGCUGCGUAGAAAACAACGUCACGAUGGGUGCGAGGAAGGGGGAUGAGGGGAAAAUAAAAUUGUGCCUUAUGUUCCA